AUGCAGUCCUCAGGCAUUUCACGGACUCAGUUCCCCUAUCCCGAACAUUUGGACCAUCAAACAUCCCCCGAACGACACUCGGGGUCUGGCAGUGCCGACACAUCCAUGACUUCCCAGCAGUCCGGCCGCAGUUCCUCCGCCUCGUCUCGAUCCCAGUCCAGCAAGAGUCAGCCUGAUAAGCAAAUAUCCCAAAUUGAAAAGAGCGUCACGCACCUCUUGGUUGCGACAAAACAACUCCUCGAAACCUUAACGCAAUGGUCUCGGAAGCAAGCAUCGGAGAACGAUGUGUCGGAUGUAUACGUUCGAUUGGGCUAUGAAUUUAACUUGGCUUGCCGGGCUUUCAGUGCCAUCGGAGUCGAUACUUCAGACCUCGGUCCCGUACCAGACCUGCUUCGCACCAUACUUGAGGACACUCUCAGUCAAGACGCAUCUUCCCAAAGCCUCGAUAGAUACCUCCCCCGAAUUCGAGAUAUAAUUAUCAACUUGUUAAAAGGGCUGAAGAAGAAGCAAGCUCGCUUGAGGUCCCGGCACCAGCGCGAAGAUAGCCGGCUCGCAACGGGACGGCAAGCCAGUGCAGGAAGCAUUGCUAAUGGGCAGGCAAUCGGUCAGCUGUAUGAUGAUGCUGCAGCGUCCACCAUGUCGUCGACAGCCCAGUCCCCAAGAAAAUCAAACCAACGGUUCGGCAGCGGCGGAUCGCUGGAGGACCAACCAGCCAUUUCUCGAACCUCCUCGGCACCUUCGAAAUCCGAAUCACGCACGUCAAACUACGCCGAAAGAGAAUUAUCACGGCGGGAGGCCCAGCAAAUGCUGUCUCAACCCGGCCCCUUCGAUAAUGAUGCAACCCCUCGAGCCAACGCAUCCAACACCACUGUGCCUUCAACAUAUAUUACACCCGCCGGGUUCUCUGCACCCCCACCUCCACCUCCGCCCAAGGAGGAUGACGCAUUGGGGGCUUUGCAACGAAGUGGAGAGCUUGAGCGACGUGCCUCGCGUCGAUUCUCUGCCUAUCAAAUUCAGAAACAUCUGGGCACAUCUACCAACGGUGUCCCUGUCCUGCCUACUCAGAACUCUCCCAUUCCCAAUCGCGGUCGUGAUGUCCGCGAAUCUUUGAAUGCAGUUCGUCUGCGGGGCUCCUUUGCCCAUACAAAGCACCGAUCCAACAAGAGCUUGCAGGAAGCCUCCAAAGGUGCGCAAGCUCCCCCACCAGCAAAUAUCCCAGAUGUCGUGGAAGAAGAGCGCACUCCUCCUCCUGUUGCAACUCCAAUAGAGCCACGAGUAAUCGAUCCUGCACCAUCCAAGGCGCCCAGCGAAGCUGAUGCUCAUAACGAGAAAGACCAUGCCGUGGAAUCUGCCAUCGUUCCUCCGCCGAUCAUCCCCGUACCCCAAGAGAAGCCAACCCUCGAAGACGCUUUUGAGCCCGCAAAAUCAACACCCCUUACCCCGAAGGCGGGCUCCUUUAGACCGUCCACCGAGAUCGCAACACCACUAUCAGCUAUUCAAUUUUCCACUGAGCAACCCUCACCGAGCAAAGAGCUCACGCUGUUCCUACAAUAUAAAAGCAAAAUAAAGAAGUACAUGCUCCCAGAGGGAAUUGCGGAGCUCACUAUUGGGCGCCUGCAGCUUGCUUUUAUUGAAAAGUUUGCCUGGAACACCCAUGACAAUGGCGUUGAUUUACCGGAAAUUUAUAUACAAGACCCAAUUUCAGGCAUCCGUCAUGAACUAGAAGAUCUUACCGACGUCAAAGAUCGGUCCGUGUUGGUGCUUAACGUUGACAAUCUCGAUGAGGUCAAGAAACAUUUCGAUGACAGCCUUGGAAGCGUGCGUCUCUUAGUCGAAGGCGUCAAAGAGACGCUUUCUGGCCAAGGAAAUAUCAUCCAGCGGGUUUCGGAUCGCCAGCUCGAAGCUGCCAAAGAAAUUGCUCGCUUGGCUGCUGCCCCUACAACCCUCUCCGGUCCAGCUGCCUCUGAAGGGAGUUCCAAGACAUUGAUAGCCGGCAGCGGAAGUCAAAUUGCCGAGCUUCAGAGCUUACGUCGUGACUUGGCUGUCCUGCGUCAGACCUAUUCCAACUUUACUGCUGACAUCACCGGUUCAAUGAGCGCAGUCCGUGCCAAGGCAAGCAAAGUCAAGACUGCCGCUGCUGAUGUUGCCACUCCGUCCUUUGAAGGUGAUGCUGGCCGUGCUCGCGUCAACACUGGCAAGAAGGAACUUGCAGGUGAAUCGGAGCGGCUGGUCGCUCGCGUCGAUGACCUCCAAGAUCUGGUUGAAGAUCUUCGGAAGGAUGUAGUGGCCCGUGGUGUUCGUCCUCUCCCAAGACAGUUGGAGGUUGUUGGCCGUGACAUUAGCAUAGUCAUGAAAGAAAUUAAGAAGAUGCAGGACUUCCUGGCUCGCGAGAAGCCUAUCUGGACCAAGAUCUGGGAGAAGGAGCUACAGCUGGUUUGCGAAGAACGAGACCAGCUUACCAUGCAGGAGGAUCUCGCUGCCGACUUGCAAGACGAUCUCGAGAAGGCAACACAAACCUUCGCCCUGGUGGAGCAAGCUACAAAGGAGCAGGUCUCAACAAAUACAACCGGUGGUACCGUUGUCCGCGCCCCAUCAAGGACCCUUGAAAUUGACCCCACCGUUGAUCCCAUGAAAGCUAAGGAUGGUGUCCUUGGCGAGGUCCGUGCUUUGCAACCCAACCACGAAAGCCGACUAGAGGCCAUUGAAAGAGCCGAGAAAGCCCGGAAGAAGGAGCUUGAGACUCGGCGGAUCGGCCUUUUCCAGAAGGAACUCGGAGCAUUUGUCGACGAAGGCAAAUUGAAGAAGAGCGGUGGUUUCGAAGAGACUGAGCGCCUUCGUACUGCGAAGGACGAACGCAUCCGCAAAGAAGUCUGGGAUAGACAGCAGGCCCGCAAUGCCGAGAUGGAGAAGGCGGAGGCGGAAGCCGCUGCGGCGCAGGCAGCGGAGCAAAAUAAUGAGGGCGGGAGUGAUGAUGAUCAGCUAGUAGACGAGAAGGAAGCGAAUCCAGAGGAUGCGGAGAAGGCAGAAGAGCCCAAAUCGCCAUCUUCUGAAAUAGGGAAGGAACCCCCAGAAGCAGAGGAUAAGGAAGACAACGCCACUGCUGAACAACCCUCUCCUUGA